AUGCCACUUCCACUGUUGGCCGAGAGCCUCUGGAGGGGACUGUCUAGCAUUCCUUAUGGCUACACAGUGCUGAAAUUUUCAUCAUGGGCGCUGGUCAUCUCCCUCCUCAAAUACUACUUUGGAGGAGCCAGGAACACGGCCGAGCGUGUUAUGCAUGGCAAGGUGGUCAUCAUCACUGGUGGUACAUCCGGCAUAGGCGCCGCUGUUGUUCGGGACCUCGCCUUACGAGGAGCUCAGAUUAUUCUACUGUCUCGUCAUGCCGCGAAUGACCCAUUCCUGGUGGAUUACAUUGAUGAUCUUCGUAGCUCUACGAACAAUGAACUUGUGUAUGCUGAGCAGGUGGAUCUCUCUUCGUUACACUCCAUCCGUCGUUUCGCAACCAAAUGGAUAGACAAUGCUCCUCCGAGGCGGCUGGACAUGAUAGUCCUCUGUGCUGCGGUCAUGACUCCAAGAUGGGGAAGUCGCCAACUUACUGCUGACGGGCUGGAAGAGGAAUGGGGAGUCAACUAUCUGGCCAACUUCCACUUGUUGAGCAUUCUCAGCCCCGCCAUCAGGGCUCAGCCGCCAGAUAGAGAUGUCCGCAUUUUAUUCAGUACCUGCAAUAGCUACAUCGGAGCGAGCCUUGACCUAACAGGCACCCAGAAGGAGACGUCUUCCGGCCAGAGGUCCUACGGCAGGAGUAAAAUAGCAUUGAUGACUUUUGCACUGGCUUUUCAGAAACAUUUGGACAGCUACACUCGUCCUGAUAAGCAACCGAACAAUGCCAGAGCUUUUCUUGUGGAUCCGGGACAAUCGCGUACUCCGGGGACCAGGAGGUGGCUCACCGGCGGCUCAUUAUGGGGUUUACUCGCAUAUCUCAUUACCUGGCCAUUCUGGUGGCUUGUGCUGAAGUCCCCCGAGCAGGGCGCACAGAGCUUUCUGCUAGCUGCGAUGGAGGGAGAGCUCGCUCGAGAUGCCGGUGGAAAGCUGAUCAAGGAGUGUCGCGAACGUGACUUCUUACGCUCCGAGGUAACAGAUAUCGAGAUCGCUAAGAAGCUGUGGGAAUUCAGCGAAAAGCAGAUUGAGCAAACUGAAAAAGAAAGUGCAGUAAGAAGAGCGCUGGCAAAGAGAGAAAAGGAUGCCGCAAAUCAGGCAUCGCCAUCGGCGGAGUCCAUGGGUAGUAGCAAGCAAGGAAAGACCAGUAGCCUGAGGAACAGCCGAAAAGCCAAAUAA